AUGGGGUUGUUCGGUUUGAAAGUAGGUAGUAAUCGUCAUAGUCACGCCCACGACCAGCAGCAGCCUCAGCAUCAGCACCAGAAUCAGCUUCCGGGUCUGGGCUCAUACCCCCUCCAUCGUCCAUUGCAUCCUCAACAGCAUCUACCACCUCCAGGCAUAAAUCAUUUGCAUAAAAGAUCUGAAACUACAAACUCGUAUACUGAAAGUGACUUUCUGUCAACUGGAUCUUCAUCGUCAUAUACUUCAACUGAGUCAAUUGGAUAUCAUCUGCAUCCUCAACAUACUAAACCUUCAUCAUCACCCAGACCGAUGAAGAAGGUUCCUCUUGCAUUGAGACCUAAUUUGGAUAUGUUAGUGGGAGCAGGACAAUCUAGGGGUGACAAUUUUGAAACAUUGCACAAUGGCCCUCAAAGUGACCACGGAAUUUCAUCUCAACCGCCACAAACUCUACAACAACAAGCGGCUCAUAGUGCUCCAGCACGUCAAAUGAAAAGAGAAGAUGUCGCUCGUGGUGUGGCUGUGAACCAAAAACAAGAGCAACCUCAACAAGCUCAAACUAUCGUCCCUCCCAAACAGCGUUCUACACCACGCAAGCCUUUGCCUCAAGCUCAAACACCAGACAAGCUUUCUUAUGCCAAUUCGCAACCAGUAUUAACUCCUAAAAGUUCAACUCCCCAAGACAUCGAUUUGAACAUUACACCUACAUUUGGCACUUCAGCAAAUGUCAGUCAGCAAUCAUUGCCGAGAAGUCAACCUGGUGGACAAGUUAAUAAUGUGAAUACACCGAGAAGAUCUUCUGGUCAAGAGAACGCCCCACAAGUGUUGCAGCAAGACAUCUCACAGUAUUAUAACCAAGGAUUAUACUUUAAACAUCAGCAGUCACGUGUAAACCCCGUUGCGCUGGAGACAACGAAGGAAGUAGAUGAUGCACAAGGCGAAGAUGAUGAGCUUUCUGAAGAUGAUGAUUCGGAAACAACCAGCACUGGCUCUUUUCAACCUACACAACAUCCUUAUUACGAGCAAUGGAAACGGUACUACCAAGCUCUUGCCUUACAACAGCAGCAGCAUCAACAACAGCAACAACAAAGGAACUCAGUGUACUUUCAACAAAACGACCCACAGUUUGCAUCUCAAUACAAUCAAAUGAUGCCAUACGGGUAUCCUCAGAUGCCACCGCAGUUUCCAAACAAUGGCAUGAACUACAUGAUGCAACAACAACAUCAGCAGUACCCACAGUUUAAUCAGGAAAUGCAAUCACAGGUAUUUCCAAACUCGCAACUGCAACAGUCUCUUGUGAGUAAACAGAGGAGAAGAAGUUCACAGACUCCACAUUCUCAAUCAUUGCAAAAUUUGAAACAACAACAGGAUACAACUAUGCCAGGUACAUUCCAUGAGUCUAAUUUAUCCCAUUUAAAUCAACAACCACACGAUUAUUUACAAGCAUACCAACGCACCAUGAAUGUGGCUUCUGACAAUGUGAUUGAAACCGAUGAACUUGUUCGGAAUUCACGCAAAUCCACAAUCAAAUCCGCUAGGUCAAUUUCUGAGCCCCAACAUGCAUUCAAGAAACCAGGUAGUGGGAAUAGAAUAGCCUCAUUAGAAUCAAACUUUAAGCCACAGACUUACAAUGUCUAUAGUGACAGUGAUGAAGAAGUCGAGGAGCCAUCAGUUAAUGUUAACGAUUAUAGUGAACAAGAUUCAAAUUUCAACCAACAAAUGUCAAAUUUGGUCUUGAGUGUAGAUAAAGAUGAAUCUUCUGGAUCAAGACAAAUUUCCGAUUAUACAAAGUACUUAUUCGACGAUGAUGAUGACGAUGAAAGUGCAGAAAAAGGAAACGACCAAAAAGAUGAAGCACAAGAGGAACCUAAUGAGACUAUUAUUGCCGAUAGAGCACCAUCACCAGUCGUCAAUCACACGCCAAUGGAAUUGAACAGAAAAGACACCACUUCAUCAGAAGAUUCUUACAACUCGAUUCAAAAGGAGGAAAAUUUCCAGGUGGCGCCAUAUCCAUCAUCCACAACUUCCAAACUGUCACCAACUACUCCUCUGAAGCAAAAGAAGGGAAAGAAAGCACAGGUGCAACAAGAUGGCUCACCCUCUACACUUUCACCACAACAGUCAGAAUUGACCCAAAUGCCACAUCCCUGGCAACUGCAAACGAAUUUCGACAUGGGAAACAACAUGUCUAUGUCUGAUUUGAAUAUGAUGCCACAGACUAAUCCAAUUAUGUCGAUGCAAAUGCCAAUGAAUGUACCCCAGCACAUGAUGAUGCCGUACAACAAUAUGAAUAUGAUGGCAAUGAAUAUGGGUAUGGGUACGGGCAUGGGAAUGGGCAUGGGUAUGAAUCCAAUGAUGUAUCAAAACGGAGCAGGAUAUCCAGCCAUGAAUCGUCAUAGUAUGAUGAUGAUGAUGCCACAAGACUCGAGACGUCAAUCAAUGAUGAUGUAUGACCAUAUGCCAUAUGCUAAUAAACGUAAUAGCAUGCCUGUGGGGUGGCAUGGCAAGCAACAUUCUCAACCAAAAUUGGAUGCGGAGACUCGAAAAAGAAUCAAGGAGUUUAGGAAAUUGCGUGGUAAUAUUGCUUCAGGGAACAAGACAAUGGAGUACCGGUUACUUUGGACAAAAAUGUUGAUUACAGCCACGAAUUUCAAAUUGUACAACUACAUCAAUCUUAAAGGUGAUUUUAUUCCUCAGCAAUCGCAACCACAACAAAUUGAAAAUAACAAAGCGGCAUUCAUUAAAGCUUCAGUGACGCAUAUCACGAAAAUCAUCACUGAAAUUGAAUCAGGUAACGAUGAAAUCAAAACCAGUUUAAAAUGUAAAGCAUAUUUCAUUUAUGCGUGCUUGUUGAAAAAUGAUUUCGUUGAAUCAUACGAACAAGAUUUUGGCAUAGACAAAAAUGUGCCCUCAGCAAUCAAGUAUUUCAACAAGGUGCUUGAUUUGAAUCGUCGUGAUCCAAGAGUUUUGUACAAAAUGGGUGAGAUUUAUGAGUACGAUAUAAGUGAUGAAGAUAUGAGUAACAUGGUUCAUGCAAAUGGUGGGAUUGAUGAAGUUACUAAUGCUAUUGAUAAGGCAAUUGAAUAUUACACCAAUUCAGCUCAGUACGGGUAUGAACGUGCCGAGGCUAAAUUGGCCAAAUUUGGCAUUACUAUAGAAUCGAUAUAG